AUGAUUGUUUUCUUGUUGCUGGCGUGCAUGGUGGAUGGAGUGCUGUGCCAGCUCGCCUACAAGGUUCAGGAGGAGAGGGACCAUGGUACUUUCGUGGGGAAUAUCGCUGAGGACCUGGGCUUGGACAUUACAAAGCUGUCCAGCAGGCGCUUCCAGACUGCACCCAACUCCAGGAGCCCCUACCUGGAGCUGAACCUGGAGAACGGGGUGCUCUAUGUCAAGGAGAAGAUUGAUAGGGAGCAAAUCUGCAAGCAGAGCCCGAGCUGCCUGCUGCACCUGGAGGUCUUCCUGGAGAACCCUCUGGAGUUCUUCCGAGUGGAGAUCGAGGUGCUGGACAUCAAUGACAACCCACCGGCUUUUCCCGAGAGCGACAUCCAAGUGGAGAUCUCGGAGAGCGCCACCCCGGGGACCCGCUUCCCUCUGGAGAGCGCCUACGACCCGGACGUGGGCAACAACUCCCUGCGCACCUACGAGAUGACCACCAACAGCUUCUUCACCCUGGACGUGCAGACCCAGGGCGACGGCAACAAGUUCGCCGAGCUGGUGCUGAAGAAGCAGCUGGACCGGGAGCAGCAAGCCCUACACAGGUACGUCCUGACGGCCAUGGAUGGUGGCAUCCCUCAGAGUACCGGCACCGCUCUGCUCACCAUCAAAGUCCUGGACUCCAACGACAACGUGCCGGUCUUCGAUCAGUCCAUCUACACCGUGCCCCUGCCCGAGAACUCCCCCCCGGGCACCUUGGUCAUCCAACUCAAUGCCACCGACCUGGACGAAGGUCAGAACGGGGAGGUGGUCUACUCCUUCAGCAGCCACAACAGCCCGAGGGUGAGGGAGAUCUUCAGCAUUGACCCCAGGACGGGUCGGAUGGAGAUCACGGGCGAGCUGGACUACGAGGAGAGCAGCAUGUACCAGGUGUACGUCCAAGCCAAGGACCUGGGGCCGAACGCCGUGCCCGCUCACUGCAAGGUGCUGGUCAAGGUGCUGGACCUCAACGACAACCCACCCGAGAUCAGCUUCAGCACGGUGAAGGAGGCGGUCAGCGAGGGGGCCCCUCCCGGCACGGUGGUGGCCCUCUUCAGCGUGACGGACAAGGACUCGGAGGAGAACGGGCAGAUCCACUGUGAGAUCCUGGGGGACGUGCCGUUCAGGCUCAAGCUGUCCUAUAAGAACUAUUACACCAUUGUCACCGAUGGCACCUUGGACCGGGAGCUGGUGUCUGCCUACACGGUGACGGUGCUGGCCAGGGACAAGGGCUCUCCACCGCUCAGCUCCACCAAGUCCAUCCAGGUCCAGGUGGCCGAUGUCAAUGACAAUGCCCCGCGCUUCACCCAGGCGGUCUACAACGUCUAUGUCACCGAGAACAACGUCCCGGGGGCUUACAUCUCAGCGGUCAGCGCCACCGACAAGGAUGAAGAGGACAAUGCCGACAUCUCCUACUACAUCCUGGAGUGUGACAUCCAAGGCAUGUCCGUCUUCACCUAUGUGUCCAUCAACUCGGAGAACGGCUACCUCUAUGCCCUGCGCACCUUUGACUACGAGCAGCUGAAGGACUUCAGCUUCAUGGUGGAGGCAAGAGACGGGGGAAGUCCUCCUCUGGCCAGCAAUGCCACCGUCAACAUAGUCAUAGUAGACCAGAACGACAAUGCUCCUUCCAUAGUGUCCCCCCAAGGUCGCAAUGGCACUGCCAAGGAGCUCCUGCCCAGAACCGCCGAGCCCGGCUACCUGUUCACCCGUGUGGUGGCUGUAGACUCCGAUGAAGGGGAAAAUGCCCGGCUGACCUACAGCAUCCUCAGGGGCAAUGACAUGAGUCUGUUCCGCAUGGACUGGAGGACCGGGGAGCUAAAGACCGCUCGGAAGAUCACCAGCAAGAGGGAUCCCCACAGACCCUUCGAGCUGGUGGUGGAGGUUCGGGACCAUGGACAGCCGCCGCUCUCCUCCACCGCCCUCAUUCAGGUCCAGAUAGUGGACAGCUCCGUAGAGAGACAAGGUGGGGAGCAAAGGCCCAGCAGCCGCUUCAAUGACACAGCCUUAGACCUCACCCUCAUCCUCAUCAUCGCCCUGGGCUCAGUCUCCUUCAUCUUCCUCCUGGCCAUGAUAGUGUUGGCCAUCAGGUGUCAGAAGGAGAAGAAACUCAACAUCUACAGCUGCCUGGCCAGUGACUGUUGUAUGUGCUGCUGCUCUUGCUGUAGCAGGCAAGCCAGGGCUCGCAAGAAAAAGCUCAGCAAGUCAGACAUCAUGCUGGUGCAGAGCUCCAACGUGCCCAGCGCUACCCAAGUGCCAGUGGAGGAGUCUGGCAGCUUCGGCUCUCACCAUCAUAACCAGAACUACUGCUACCAGGUCUGCCUGACCCCAGAGUCUGCCAAAACCGACCUCAUGUUCCUCAAGCCCUGCAGUCCUUCCAGGAGCACAGACACCGAGCACAACCCCUGCGGGGCUAUAGUCACAGGCUAUGCUGACCAACAGCCUGAUAUCAUCUCUAAUGGCAGCAUCCUGUCCAGUGAGAAUAAACAUCAACGCACUGAACUCAGUUAUCUAGUUGACAGACCACGACGGGUAAACAGUUCUGCAUUCCAGGAAGCAGACAUAGUAAGCUCUAAGGAUAGUGGGCACGGAGACAGUGAACAAGGAGACAGUGAUCAUGACGCCACUAAUCGAGGUCAAUCCUCUGGUGCUGACUUGUUCUCCAACUGCACAGAAGAGUGCAAAGCUCUGGGCCACUCGGACCGCUGCUGGAUGCCUUCUUUUGUACCUUCCGGUGAUGGCCGCCAGGCGGCAGAUUACCGCAGUAACCUUCAUGUGCCCGGCAUGGACUCAGUUCCGGACACUGAAGUGUUUGAAGCACCUGAGGUGCCUCCAGGAGGGGAGAGAUCUUUUUCCACAUUUGGCAAAGAGAAGGCAUUACAAGGGCUGUCGGGAGUGGGCAAUGGGAUGGAGGAGGUAGUACGCAGGAGAGGAAGGAGCUGGAUGGCCUACUCUCUGGCACCAGAGCGCCUUACAAGCCACCAUAUCUGA